AUGCAUCCAUCAGUUCCAUUUCAACGAGCAUUACCAAUAUUACCUUAUAUCUACCGUCAUUCCAGUGCCCACCUGCGAAGUAAGUUGACUAUGUCGUCUAGUACGAGAAGAAUACCCCGAUUCCCCGAAAUUCCCAAUGUCAACAGCUGCAUGUUAUCCAGCGACGUAGCCGACCGUCAAGGUGCCAUUCCGAUCUUCUCGACAGGGAAAGAGAGAGAUGGCACAUUUACUCCUAAAAUCUCGAGGCUCAAUGAGCACCAGCUUGGUGAACUAUUACGGGGAAGAUAUCCAUCUGACUAUCGAUUUGAAGUUAUCCAUCUAAGUAAUGCAGCUCCCGAAACCAGCCUGAUAUAUGAUGCCCUGAGUGAUCACAAGAGCGAAAGAGCUUUUUCAAUGACGACUGUUCGAAACGCCCCUACUCCCUUACAUCAGUGGGUUUUAUCUGGUGUUGCAGACUUGCUUACAUCUCAAAUGCCUGCUGGUACAAAAGUCUUGUCUGAUUCUCCCAUUCAAGGUAUCACCUCUUUGAAAGAAGACAAGCUCAUUCCAGACCUACAACUCCUCUAUAAAGAACACGGAGCUCUUAGAUCAAAGGCUGUUCUUUCAGUAGAGACAGGAUUUUCGCAGCAAUACGAGAGUCUUCAGCACGCCGUCCGCAGAGCUAUCGAUGCUACUCAGAACGUCAAUGUCUCCUUAAUGAUCAACUUGAAAGAAAAGCCAGCCUUUCGCGCUCCGUUUUCGCCAACUUCUUCCGGUCUAUAUCAGCAUCCGAUCACCAAGGAGUAUGUGGACACAGCGACAAUGCUGACGUACCUUGAGUCUUCAAGCCACACAGAACCAUUGCCUAAGAAUCCUAAUGACCUAGAAAGCCCGUUGUUCUUCCUUGGGACCCGUUGGGUUGGCCGGGUUGAAGGCACCUUAGAAGUCUGGGUGCGUGACAAAGUUACCCAGAAAGCUGUCCGAAAACUUGGUCCAAUCCUAUUUUACGGCUCGAAGCUACGGGUUGAUAAGGACACACCCUACAUCGACGCUAGAAAUGAGGAUGUUCAACUGGGCCUUAAUCUCUCUGACAUAAUCAUCUCUGCUAACGACGAUCUGAAGAAGCCGUUCGUCAUUGAUUGGGUGAAGCUAAGAGAAUGCAUCAAUGAGGGCCGGAUGGCGUUGGCUAUGAGUCGGUGCUGGACAACUAUGAACCAUAUUGCAGAGUUGAACGGGAAGAAAAAGUGA